UGUGGGAUCCUGCCCACCUCCAUCCCCCCAUCCUCGCUGUCCCCUCCUCAGUGGAAGCAGCUGAACCCAAAGGAAGGCUGGGAAGAGAGGAGUUAACUCCAAACCCAACCUCAGUGAGAGGGGAAAAAAAAAUACAGAGAGAGAUCAAUGGAUCAGCAGCUAAAGCAGAAGGAGGGAAAAGGAGGGGAGAGGGAGAGAGAACGUGUGAGGAGCUCCAGAAGGAGAGAGCUGAGUGCGAGAGCGAGAAGGGGGAGCAGGGGGACAGGGGAUGCAGCAGAGCGUCAGGCAUUGACGUUCUCCCUGCACUGCGUGAAGAAACUGUCAGUGUCCCAAAUCCUGCUGAUGAGCGGCUGCCUUCUCCUCACUGCUGCUGCCCAGGCUUUUCUGGUGGUCUCCCCAGAGCAAGCGGAGAAGCUGCAGGCCUUUCCUUGCAAAGGUGAGUGCCGGCUUCCUAAGCCUUGGGAUGAGCCCAGAGCUGCCCCACAGCCUAUGUGCAAGGGGUGUGCCCAGAGGGAGACUGCAGCCUUCUGCUUGUGCAAGAAGGACCCCCAGGGCCAGGACAGAGGAGCUGGGCACUCACCAGUGGGACAGAGGGGAGUGCAGAGGCAGGGAAGAGUUUUCAGCGCUGUAUAGAACAUGCUGGGAAGAAGUGGCAUGAGCAGAGAAAUGGGGGAGUGUGGGGUGAAAGAGCUUGCAUGACCUAAAAAGAGUUAAUUGCAUGUCAACAGUUGCUAGAUAACGGUGCCUUUCCAUCUUGACUGCUGCUCAGUGAAGGACAAUUUGUUCUAAUGAUAGAACAAUAGGGCAAAGGCUCAUUAGGAGAUAGGGUGUUUACGCUCCUUGUCUGUGUGUGGUGGUACUCAGUGCUGGAGGAAGUUUGGCAGCAAAUCACAGCACCCUGCUCCUUGAGCUUUUGGGAUAAAUCUCUCCUUUGUGAUGACUAUCGCGCUGUGUUUUGGGCAGCUCCAAGGUCUGCCCCCCGUUCUCUCCCACAUCACAGGGAGAGAUGCAGAGCUGCACAAAAAGCAGAUCAGUUGGAGAAUGUAAGUGAGUACUGAUAGAGGCCAGGGACAAGACAGGACCCAGCAGCCAAAUUCCCCUUGCCUGCACCAACCAUAGGGUCAACAAAGCCCCAAACCCACAGACCAAACACAUCCCAUCUGCUUUUCUCAGAGACCCUUUGAACUCUGAAUUGGAAACAAUUAAAUAUGAUACAGUACAAUACAGAUUGUUUUCCCCACUGCCCACACUGCUAAUUUAGCCACCACCAUCCAGCCCAUGACCUCCUAUCAGCAUCGGGAUAACUGUCCUUAGUCACAAGUCCACUGUGUAAAGCAGCUGCUGCAAGCAGAGCAAGGAGCAGUCACCUGUAGGGUGGAGAUGGCACCCUCAUGAGUAUGGCACAGUGCUUCUGCUGUAGGGAUCCUGCUGCUGGAGCUGUCUCAGCCCCAUGUUCAGGGUGUCCAUCCCUCUCAAGCCCCCCUUCCCUAUGUCCUUGCAGCCCUGGCUGAGCCCAGUUGAGCAUCAGCUGGGAUGAAGAUUUGAAAUCCUGAGGUUCAGCAGCAUGUUGUAUGUAGAAGGAAUGCAGGGGAGGCCAAGCUGUGAAGCAGGGGGUCUUCCAGGAGGCUGGGAGGACAGCAGACACUGUGGUGGGGAUGUGGAUCUGGGCUGUCUCUCUCUACACACAGGGUCCCACUGUUGGAUGGGGAGAGAUGCCAGGGGGCUGGAAUGCCUCCUCAGACAGCCCGGAGCUGCCAGCUGCAGGGAUCAUUGUGCCCGUCAUCUUCUCCCUCAUCUUUCUUCUGGGCACUGUGGGGAAUGGACUGGUGCUGGCCGUGCUGCUGCGGAAUGGCCAAGUGAAGUACACCACCACCAACCUCUUCAUCCUCAACCUGGCCAUGGCCGACCUGUGUUUCAUCAUUUGCUGUGUCCCCUUCCAAGCCACCAUUUACACCCUGGAUGGGUGGCUCUUUGGGGCCUUUGCCUGCAAGACUGUUCAUUUCCUGAUCUACCUCACCAUGUACGCCAGCAGCUUCACCCUGGCCACAGUUUCCAUUGACAGAUACCUGGCCAUCCGCUAUCCACUGAAGUCCCGGGAUCUUCGCACUACCCAAAAUGCAGGAGUGGCUAUUGUAGUGAUCUGGUUGCUGUCACUAUUCUUUGCGGGACCUUACCUCAGUUACUACCAGAUUGUCCAUUACCAUGGGGUGCCCGUCUGCAUCCCCAUCUGGGAGGACCAACGAAGAAAGAUUCUGGACAUCCUCACGUUUGUGGUUGGAUACCUCUUACCCGUGACUGUAGUGAGCCUGGCAUACGCCAGGACCAUCAAGUUCCUGUGGACCUCUGUAGACCCUAUAGAGAGGAUCUCAGAGUCCCGGAAGUCCAAACGUAAGGUCACCAAGAUGAUUGUGGCUGUGGCCAUCCUGUUCUGCCUCUGCUGGCUUCCACACCAUCUGGUUAUCCUGUGCUUCUGGUUUGGCCACUUCCCCUUCAACCGAGCCACUUACGCCUGCCGCCUUGCUUCCCACUGCCUUUCGUAUGCCAAUUCCUGCCUCAACCCAAUCGUCUAUGCGCUUGUCUCCAAGCAUUUCCGAAAGCGUUUCAAGCAGGUCUUCACUUGCCUCUUCUUCCAGAACAAGAGCAGGAAGAAGAGAAUUGGAAAUAAAGUCCAUAUGGUCACUGUGGGCAAAGGUUUCACCAACAGCACUGGAGGCUUCUACAGGGGUAACACUGAGUUGUCUCAGGUCCCAAAGGAGAACAGUAGGAAGAGGAACCCUGAAGGUGCCAACCAUGCCAGAGCAUGGACUCACCAGCUACAAGAAGUUCAGAAGGAGCUGCUGGAGGAGGAAAGCUUGGUAACAGCUGGCCAUCCCCUAUCCAAGACCCCUCCAAGAAGGCUUCAAGAGCGUCUGAGUGUUGAUUACAAAUGAGCAAACCUGUCUAAGAAUGGGACCAUUGUAAUCCACCUUACCAAUGCAGAACAGAGGGACAUGUUAAUGUGAUGCCAUUUCUCAUUGUCCAGGGGCAGUCCAAGUCCACCUCCCGUUCUCUAGCUCCUGCAUCCAUGGCUUCUCUGCAGCUCAAAGGGGAAAGGAUCAUCAGUCCAGUCUCUUCCCUCAGCCCUGCCCUUCCAGAAGUACUCAAUGGAGGAGGCUUCCUAGAGCUCUGCCCUGCUUGGCUUUUGAUAACGCAAUCAGAUCCUGCAGGACACUGUCCACUUCCUUGUGCUGCUUGCAGUUCUGAAAUGUUUCCUGGUGGUUAUCCUCAGUUCUUCCUAAGCAACCCCCACAAACCCUCCUCCCACCACGUUGUUCCAUCUGAUAAAGCUUUGUUUAAUUUCUGUUUGCCUUUUGCAAAUUCCUGAAGGACCACUGCCUCCUCUUUGUUCUUUAUGCGGAGUUUCAUCCCUUCCUUCUCAGGCUGUUGCUCUCUGAGCAGAGAUGUAAUUCGGCGGUAUUAGCCCUGUUUGUGUGUUUUACUGACUUGCCAAGAUAAUCUUUUCCAUGAAAUGAAAAUUGCGAUUGCACUCGUGUGCACUUGGCUUAAUCUUAAAUCCUCACUGUUCCUUUCUAUGUGGUGGAGAGAGCUUCCGGGAGGAUGAAAGGCCACCACCACUCAAUGGGUUGGAACAUCUUCCACAGCAUUCAUCACUGCAGGAUUGCUGCGGGACUGAUGUCCUCCUGGGAGCACAAUUUCCCAUUUGUUGCUCCUCAUUGGCCACCUUGCCUUGAGCAGCCAUGGAAGAGCCUUUGGUUGCAGUAGCAGCUGAAUGACACCCUGUAGUAUGGCAGAGUGUCUUCCCAAUCCUGACCUUGGGAAGAAUAGGAACUGCUUUGGAGAUGAGGGGGCAGGAAAUCACGUUCACCAGAGAGUGCUGGAAUUUUCCCCUUUCUUGUCCUGA